AUGGAAAGGCAAGAUGAAAUCGAACAAAUACGUAAUGACGUAGAAAUAAUAAAAACGGGAGAAGUUGAAAAAAUGAAGAAACAAUUAGAAGCAUCCCAAAAAGAAUUAGGGAGCUCUGUAAGAGUUCCAAUAGGAGGAAUUAAAAUCCCUGGUUUUUUACGUAGUCGUAAAACGAAGGAAACGGAUGAAAAUUCAACCGAACCGGAUAUAGAACCGCCAUUCGUUGCUCAAAACGUUAGAAAAGAAGAUGAUAAAGAACCGGAAACUCAAAGGCAAUUAAUUGCUAAAAGAUUUAGAAAAAUUAUAACGAGAAUGCCAUUGACGAAAAGUGGAGAAGGAGGUGGUGGUGGUGAUGAUGAUGAUGAUAAUAUCGAAAAUCGAGAUGAUGCCAAAGAUGAAAAAAAUUUAAAUACUAAAAAACAAAAAAGUUUUUUCAAUUCAAUAAGGAUACCAUUAAUAUCGGAUCGGCCAAAAAAAUUAAAUAGAGAAUUUAAAAAUGAGUGCUCUGACAUAUAUUUGAUGUUUAAAAAACCUUUAUUUAUGUGUUUGCACCUAUUUUGCACCUAUGAAGCACCUAAUGUUGGAAAAACUACAAAAGACAUGGAAAUGGGUACUGCAGGUUUAGCAUCGAUGGAAACUCUGGAAGAUUCAAAAGAAAGUAACGGUUUGGUCGAAGACGGUAUGGAAACGGUAAAAUUAGACGUAGACGAUUCCAAAGAUGUCGAAAGUCAAGAAUUAGCGAGCAAAAGAAAACAAGGAGUUUUUGGAACGUGGAGCGUUCGAGACUGGAGAAAUUGGCCGGAAAAAAUGAGAAGACUUACAAAACACGAAAAAGCCAUAAUUGCGGCCAUAAUAUUAUUUUUAAUUUUAUUAAUUUUAAUAAUAAUACUUUUGGCUGGAUCAAAACAAGCAACUUCACCACCCAUUAAAGACGGUCGUUACAUCGUAACAUCGUCUUCUUGUGGACCAAUCGAAGGAAUAUUUGACGAAGGAAUAUUUAAAUUUCAUGGUAUACCGUAUGCGGUUCCCCCUCUGGGAAGUAAACGUUGGAAAUAUGCAGAACCUCUCGAUCAAAUUGACAAAUGUUGGAAUGGUACAUUGAAAGCUUAUAAUCGUACGUCUACCUGUUGGCAAAUAUAUAUGGAACCAAAUAGAAAAUGGCGUAUAGACGGAGCGGAAAAUUGUCUGACAUUAGAUAUUCAAACUCCUUUUGUUAGAUAUGAUACUCCCGUACCUGUUAUCGUACUCAUUGAUAGUGGUACCCUUGUCGGGGGAUCCCCUGGUAUACUAAAACCCACAGCAAAAAUAAUAAGAAGUAAAGAAGUAGUUUUCGUCCGUCCAAAUUUCAGAUUGGGAAUAUUUGGAUUUUUAGCUGCUGAUGUCCUAUCGAAAUCUACCUAUCCCCCCGUAUCCGGAAAUUAUGGUUUAUCCGAUAUAAUAACAGCAUUAAAAUGGAUAAAAACAAAUAUUGUUCAUUUUGGAGGCGAUCCAAAUAUGAUAACCGUAUUGGGACACCGUGCUGGAGCAACAUUAACUACGGCAUUAGUUUCCAGUCACGCGGCUAAAAAUUUAUUUAAUAGAGCUUGGGCUUCCAGCGGUUCCGUAAUAUUUCCCGAUAAAGUUUUACAAUUGUCCGAACAAGCUAAUCAACGUUAUAUAGACCGCAUAUGUGCACAAAAACCUGAUAAGUUAUACUGUUUGAAAUCGUAUGAUGCCGAAGAAUUAGUCGAAGAAUUAGAAGAUUCAUGGAGGCCUACCAUUUCCGAUUUACCGGCCAAUUAUGAAGCGAAUACUACCAAACACGAAUGGCUUGUUUUAGAUGGUAACAUUCUUAAGGAAGGUCUUUGGCAUGAUAAUUCUCAACAACAUACCACCCUAGUUUUGGGAACCACGGCUCAUAGUGAAGCAAGUCCACAACUUUGGGAAAAACUUCAAAAAAUACCUGGACCUAAAGAAGAAGCGAUAAUCGAACACGUCAAGGGUAGUUACAUAGGUACGAUGGGAUUAACUAACGAAGCGUUAAAAUUAUACAAUAACAGUUGGGAAGAUUUAACGGCCAUGAUAUCAGAUAUUCGAACAAUUUGUCCAACGUUAAAUUUCGUACGAUCUCAGGGAGCACAACAAAACGUAUCAUUUUACGUGGCUAAACUUGAAAGAAAUCACACGGAUUUUGGUCAAAUAGCUGAUAUCGGUGUCGACAUGUCAUCUAUAUUAGGUACGUACGAACCUAGAACGACAGCCCAAAGAAAUUUCGUCAGCACGAUACAGGAUUUAUUUUAUAAUUAUGUUAAUCACGGAGAAUGGACGGUUAAAAAUCGGGAAGGAGUUUUAAUUAUAGGAGAAAAAGGUGAAUGGUUCGACGAUUAUCCCAAUUGUAAUUUUUGGAUCUCUAAAAAUUUUGUUCCUAAAUUUGCCAGGAGAGACUAA